CACCCAACAUGGCAGGAGACUUGUACAGAGGGGUAGGCGCUCAGCGGCUGCUGCUGUUCGGCGGGAAGUUUGCUGGCUGGGAGUAGGAAAGAGUCGGGCAACUGAGGGUACAGGAGCUGCUGAGUGAGCCCUUGCCAUUAAUACCUGUCUGUGGCCCCUCUGCUUGCCUGUGGGCUACUUCUGUCUGUACUCCAGCUGCCCCCACCCCUCUCAUUAGUGUUACCUGCCCCUCUAAACUUUCCUACAUACCCCCUGUCUGCCCCCCACCCCUCUCAUUAGUGUUACCUGCCCCUCUAAACUUUCCUACAUACCCCUGUCUGCCCCCACCCCUCUUAUUAGUGUUACCUGCCCCUCUAAACUUUCCUACAUACCCCUGUCUGCCCCCACCCCUCUUAUUAGUGUUACCUGCCCCUCUAAACUUUCCUACAUACCCCUGUCUGCCCCCCACCCCUCUAAUUAGUGUUACCUGCCCCUCUAAACUUUCCUACAUACCCCUGUCUGCCCCCCACCCCUCUCAUUAGUGUUACCUGCCCCUCUAAACUUUCCUACAUACCCCUGCCUGCCCCCCACCCCUCUCAUUAGUGUUGCCUGCCCCUCUAAACUUUCCUACAUACCCCUGUCUGCCCCCCACCCCUCUCAUUAGUGUUACCUGCCCCUCUAAACUUUCCUACAUACCCCUGCCUGCCCCCCACCCCUCUCAUUAGUGUUGCCUGCCCCUCUAAACUUUCCUACAUACCCCUGUCUGCCCCCCACCCCUCUAAUUAGUGUUGCCUGUACCUCUAAACUUUCCUACAUACCCCUGUCUGCCCCCCACCCCCCUCAUUAGUGUUACCUGCCCCUCUAAACUUUCCUACAUACCCCUGCCUGCCCCCCACCCCUCUCAUUAGUGUUGCCUGCCCCUCUAAACUUUCCUACAUACCCCUGUCUGCCCCCCACCCCUCUAAUUAGUGUUGCCUGCCCCUCUAAACUUUCCUACAUACCCCUGUCUGCCCCCACCCCUCUCAUUAGUGUUGCCUGCCCCUCUAAACUUUCCUACAUACCCCUGUCUGCCCCCCACCCCUCUCAUUAGUGUUGCCUGCCCCUCUAAACUUUCCUACAUACCCGUCUGCCCCCCACCCCUCUAAUAAGUGUUGCCUGCCCCUCUAAACUUUCCUACAUACCCCUGUCUGCCCCCACCCCUCUAAUUAGUGUUGCCUGCCCCUCUAAACUUUCCUACAUACCCCUGUCUGCCCCCACCCCUCUCAUUAGUGUUGCCUGCCCCUCUAAACUUUCCUACAUACCCCUGUCUGCCCCCACCCCCUCUAUCAUUAGUACCUGCCCCUAAACUCCUCUCACCUACCUCUCUGCCAUUGUGCCCAGCUGUUUGCUGUGUCUCUGUACUCUUAGUACCUGCUCCUAAGUGGUGGGAUUUACCCCUUCACUCUGUUACCUGCCCCUCAUAAGUGUCAUUUAGCUCUUCACAUCUAUUAACUGCCUCCCUUGCUGUUGUACCCCUUUAGAUCUACCCUCAGUGCAAACUCCUUCCCCCUGUCAUUACUGCCUGCAUUAUUUCUGCUACCUACCCCUCAUUAACUCUUUAAAUCUAAUAACCACCCCAUUUCUGUUAUCCACCCCCUUCAUUUCUGCCCUCGUUAGUACCAGCCCCUUCCUUCUGUCAGUACUGCCUGCUUGUCAGAUAUUGCCCUCUUCAUUACUGGCAUCUGCUCCUCAUAAGUGUUAUCUACCCCCUUAUUUCUGGUACUUGCCCCCCAUUCGUGCCUACCCCUUCUGUCAGGGCUUCCUGCUUCUCCGCUAUCUAUCCCUUGAUUUAUAGCAUCUGUCCUUACCACCAGUGUGCCCCUUUUGCCCCUGCCUACCCCCUCCGUCUGCCUGUAUGCUCCAUCCUCUUUAGAUUUCAUUUGCUAGGAUUCAGCCCCUUUGUUAAUUGUGUUGCUCAUUCUGUUACUGUACCACCUCUCCCUGCCUUUACUGGAUCAUUCCCUGUUUACCCUGCUCUCAUAGAAGUACCUAACUACUGGUGCCUGGGAGUUGUGCCCGGCUGGUUCCCAGGAGUUGUGCCCGGCUGGUUAUUUAGCUGUUAAGCACUUGUUUUCUCCCUGUACUUCCUACUCCACCUGUCACUAGUUCUGCUCUGUAUCCAGCAGGGAAUCUGCUUCUCUCUGCCAGUGAAACCUCCCUCUCUUGUUCCUGUAUAAUCAUUACAUUCCCUUUAGACUUCUUGCCUGUUCUAUUACUCUCCCCGUAGUGUGCAGCAUUCCAUUUUCCCUUAAUAUUAUAUAUAUAUAUGGCAUCAGUCUGCAUCACCUAAUAUUCCCGUUCUUUUCCCACCUGUAGAACCUCUCCUCUUGUCCAUUGUAUCCCAUUCCAUUGCCCCCCCGUGUCCCUCCUUUUUCUCCUUAACUCUUGAGCUGUACUUCCCACCCCAGGAACUGCUCCAGUUAGGCAUAAACAUACCUGGAGCUGCUGGGGCUGCAGGGAUGUCAUUGAAUCCCAUAACACGGGUGACAGCAGCAUCCCCUACCCCAUCCUCCUUGUCAUCUGCCACCCAAGACCGCAGGAGGAGGAGACUCCGCAGGUGAGAGAUGGAAGAUGAUGGCAAGAAAGGUAAAAAGCAGCCUGGAAUUGUGUCGCCGUUCAAGCGUGUUUUCCUGAAGGGAGAGAAAGGGCGGGACAAGAAAGCGCAGGAGAAGGUAACGGAGAGGCGGCCGCUACAUACGGUGUCCGUGUCGCAGGCCGACCACCGCGUGGAGCCCGACGUGCUCUUGAACGACUACAUUGAGAAGGAAGUAAAGUAUUUGGGGCAGCUGACAUCCAUUCCUGGCUACCUGAACCCGUCCAGCCGCACAGAGAUCCUCCAGCUGUUGGACAAUGCGAAGAGGCUGCAUCAGCUUCCAGCACAGCUGAGCCCGGAGCAGGAUGCCUUGAUCAGUCUGUCCGCCUACAACGUCAAGGUGGUAUGGAGAGACGGAGAGGACAUUAUACUCAGGGUUCCAAUCCACGACAUCGCAGCCGUCUCUUACAUCCGGGAUGAUUGUCUGCACUUGGUGGUCCUGAAAACAGCUCAGGAGCCUGGGAUAUCACCAAGCCAAAGCCUCUCUGCAGAAAGCGCCAAAGGGAUCACAUCGGGGUCCCUGUCCGAGUGCGGGACGGUGCCGGUGGACGCUUGCUGCCUUGUUAUCUUGGCUACAGAGAACAAGGCAGCUGCCGAGGAGCUAUGUUUACUGCUGAGCCAAGUCUUCCAGAUCGUUUACACGGAAUCCACCAUAGAUUUUCUAGACCGAGCAAUAUUUGACGGGGCCUCCACUCCCACGCGCCACAUGUCCUUACACAGCGAUGACUCUUCCACCAAAGUGGAUGUGAAGGAAGCGUAUGAGCUGGAAGCCAGCACCUUUUCUUUCCCUGAGUCUGUGGACGCCGAUGGUAAUUCCCCAACCUCCCUCUCCAAUCUCCAUUCCCCUAACAAGACGGCCAGUGAGAGUGAGCUGAGUGCCACUGCCGCCGAGCUGCUGCAGGACUACAUGAUGACGCUGAGGACUAAGCUCUCGUCGCAGGAGAUCCAGCAGUUUGCGAUGCUGCUUCACGAAUACCGCAACGGCUCCUCAAUUCACGAGUUCUGCAUUAACCUACGGCAGCUGUAUGGGGACAGCAGGAAGUUUCUGCUGCUCGGGCUCCGCCCCUUCAUCCCAGAGAAGGAUAGCCAACAUUUUGAGAACUUCCUAGAAACCAUAGGGGUAAAAGACGGGCGCGGUAUCAUCACAGACAGCUUUGGGCGGUACAGGCGGACAAUGAGUUCCACCUCCCAUUCCACGACCAAUGGAAAUGGUGCAGCGGGGGGCUCGGAUGACCAGUCGGGGCCCUCUGAAGGGGACGAGUGGGACCGGAUGAUUUCUGACAUCAGUAAUGACAUUGAAGCCCUUGGCUGCUGCAUGGACCAAGACCCUUCUCACGGGGGCGCUGUAAACUAUUCGUGAUUGGCUGGGCAUGGACCCGGUCAGGUUUCCUCACCAGCAUAAAGAACCAAAUAAGCAAAAGAUGGCGGCCGAGUUGCCACGUCGUUCUAUUUUUUUAUCGCGUUCUCUAUGUAAAGCCAAGAUUGUAUCCCCAAGCACUGGCGCCAUCAUACGUGCCCAAGUUUUGGUUGGGCCGAAGCUCAGCGCAAGGUGGACUUGCCUCCGACGUGACCCAAAGCAGGAAUUAAACUGCGUUUCCCGCCAUUUCUACGGAAACGAUGGACAUUUCGUACGUCAGCGGACGGACCAGUACAAUCUCUGGGCUGGCGGUUGUUACACUCGGACCGUACUAUUUUCAUGCAUCAAUAGAAGUCAACAUUUACCACAAUGUGAAGAACACAAAGCCGCGAGCAGCGCUGAAAGCGUUUGGACCAACGCCCGGUGACGGUCCCAGCGGCUUCCUUCCCAUCAAGGCAACACUAAUCCUGUACAGAUAUACGAGUGAGGGCUGUACAACAAACACACAGGAGACAGCAGCGGGCAUCUCUCUGGCUCUUUUCCUCUCUGUGCCGUGCCGCCAUCUCUAAGGAUUUGCCAGCAAUGCAGGAAAGUGCGUUUCUGCUGUUGCUUUACUGCAAAUGUGAAAGGUCAUUCAUUGGCAGCUGCAGGGGCUGCCUGGGAAAUCCUGGAAGAUGGUGGCAUGGCACUCACAGGAAAUGUGCCCUGAGCAAUGUGGAGCACUGGCCUAGGGGCCAAGGUUUGCGCUUAUAUUCACUGGGGGUAAUUGCCCUCCCCCCGCCCCUUCUUUUCUGGGGAUCAUUACCUAUUUUUAUAUUCUGUCUGUCACAGAUACACAACCCCUAGAUCCAGGGGAGUGCUGGGAGUUGUAAUAUGGCAGAAGCUGCUGCUCCAAAGGUGUCCAAUCCCUGUUCCAAUACAUUCCUGGAUCACCAGGGACAGGGGAUAGGUUAGCCAAUGCCCUUCGUGGAGGCGGCCAUCUUUACUUGGGCUCCAUGUUAUAUGGGCAGAGGGGUUUGCAUAGAAACACAAGCUGUUUACAGGCAUCGCCAUGGAUUGCUACACACGUAACACCCACAAUGCAUUGUGUUGCCACACGCUGCUCGCGCCGGAGUGCCAAGACAUUUUGUGUUACAGAACCGAGGUUUUAUUUUUCAUUUUUGUAUAAUUAUUUUGUUGCAGUGUUUUUAUCUGCGUACGAGGCCUGCCCCAACUUCCUGCCAUUGCCCCCCAGUCACUGUAUAGAUAUUUAUAUCCCCUGACUUCUCGGUGCGGUGCAAUGCAGCCCUCCGGCUCGGCCCCAGGCAGCCACACCCACAUUCCAGCUAUGAGUGCAUCUGGCGCGUGGGUUCUCCUGUUACAUCUGUAUCCUGUUUAUUUAGGGAUAGACCUGUAUCUCUUUCCAUUGCAGAGCCACCCCUGGAUAUGUAUUAUGGUCUCUUCCAGAGGAAGCAGAUACCUACUGACUUUCCAGCUGGGGGGCCACGGCCUCUCUUAUUGCCCCUGCUUAUAUAUGAAUUGGGACUAGCAUCACCCCCUUCCAUGGCAGCAGUUCUGUUUAAAGGGGAAGUAAAGAAUCUGAUUUCUGCAGCUGGUUCUCAUCUCUUUGAAGGGGCUGCAGCGUUCAGUGUGUAGGGGUGUCAGGAAGAGAAUUGGGGAGGGGACUGUAACUAUGGAACUGUGAGCAUAGCAUCAAGUCACAGAACUGCAUGGUGUGUAUCAUUAUAGAACACAGAGUAGGGGGCACUAACUAAAGGCAGGGAGGGGGUGGCAGUGGAAGGGGCUGUAACUGCGGGACAGUACAAUAUAAUCUUCCCAUCAGGCCUUGCAUUGUCCAGCAGUGAUGUUUUUGCUGUCCUAGAAUCCUUUGCACCGUCCCCCCCCCCCCCCCCCAUUCUGUUACAAGGUCAGACAUGCAGGAAGCAGGGGAGACCCGUGGGGCAAUUUGGUUUAUUUGUGAGACGCACUGACUGUGUUACUGAUGGGUGUGUGUAGUUGUGCGAGUGUCGGGAGCCAAUAGGAAUUGCCGUGUCUUUUUAUUUUUGCAGCUUUGUGCAUCAUUUCUGUUUACCCUUUAUGAUUGGAUACUUUUUGUAUGUAGUAUUUUUACCUGUAAAUACAUGCGUGCAUCUAAA